AUGAGUGUGGAUCUCCCUGGUCCCCAUAGUCUUCCUUGUUAUGGUGAAGCAGAAGCACCAAAUUUUGGUGACUCAUCACCACUGCCUGAAGUUCAUGGUCCUGAGGAAAAUUAUUCUUGCUUACAAGUGUCUGCCACUGAGCUGCUCCGAGAAGAGACAGCCUCUCCUUGCCCUUCCUCUGUGGACCUAUCUCUUCAGGACAGCCCUGAUUCUUCUACCAGUUCCAAAGUAAAGCUCCCUGGGCCUGAGUCUGCAGAGGGCACUGAGAAGAAGGGAGAGGACAAGGCCCAUGUGAAGAGGCAGAAAAUCCGAACUGUGUUCUCUGACACCCAGCUGUGUGCACUGAGGGACAGAUUUCAGAGGCAAAAGUACCUCAGCCUCCAGCAGAUGCAAGAACUCUCUGCCAUUCUGAACCUUAGCUAUAAGCAGGUUAAGACCUGGUUCCAAAACCAAAGAAUGAAAUGUAAGCGAUGGCAGAAAAACCAGUGGACAAAGACAAACAUUAACCAACUCUUUCAGAAGGACUCUGCGUUUGUGGAGUAUUCCAGCUUCCAUUCUGGCUAUCUACAGGGCUUUCUGAACACAUCUGAAAGUCUUCCGAUGUGGGGCAGCCAGACUUGGACUAACACUUGGAGCAACCAGACCUGGACCAACACAACAUGGAGCAAGCAGGCUUGGAGCAACGAGACCUGGACUAACCCAGCUUGGAGCAACCAGGCCUGGACCAAUCCAACUUGGAGCAACCAGGCCUGGACCAACCAAUCCUGGUGUUCUCAAGCCUGCAACAGUCAGGCUUGGAACACUCCCUUUUUGGGGGAGGAUUCUCUGCAGCCUUACAUGCAGUGCCAGCAAAACCUCCUUGCCAGUGAUGUGGAGGCCAGUUUGGAAGCCGCUGGGGAAGGCCAUACAUAUUUUAGCACCCCUCAAGGCUUGGAAUUAUUCCUCAACUACUCUGUUAAUACACCAGGGGAAUAA